AUGGAAAGUCAGAGCUACUUCCGGCCAGAUGUUCUGGAAGGGCGUGUGGCGCUGAUCACCGGUGGUGGCAGCGGAAUCGGUUUUGAAGUGGCAAAACAGCUGGCCCUCCACGGCUGUAAAGGUGUCCUCUUGAUGGGACGGCGCAAGGCCUUUCUGGAAGAAGCAGUUGAACUUUUGGCCAAGCAAAACAUCAGCGCCGCGUGCUUCGCCGGUGAUGUCCGUAGCGCUGCGGACUGCGAUGGGGCAGUCCAAAAGGCGCUGGAGAGCUAUGGUGCGCUGGAUAUCUUGGUAAAUGCCGCUGCAGGCAACUUUCUGGCGGCUGCAGAAGAGAUAUCGAGCAACGGUUUCAAAGCUGUCAUGGAGAUCGACACCCUUGGCACCUUCAACAUGUGUCGGGCCGCUUUUUCAGCCCUGAAAGAAUCGGCCUUCGGUGGCGUGGUGACCAGUAUUACUGCAACGUUGCACUACACUGCCACCUGGUACCAGACUGCACCUGCAGCUGCUAAGGCUGCAAUUGAUGCGAUGACCAGAAAUUUGGCGUUGGAAUGGGGUGAAUUUGGCAUCCGCUGCAACUGCGUAGCGCCAGGGCCCAUCGCUGACACACCAGGUUUAGAAAAACUCAGUGGUGGCAAAGCCGAUCAAAUCUCUUGGGAUCACAUUCCUGUAAGGCGUGGAUUGAUACGUGGGGUUAUCUGA